UUCUUUAAUUCUUCAAUUAGGACCUGAACGUUUAGCUAAUGCUAUUGCUUUAUUUCAUUUUAAAUUAUUUUUUGCUACAUCAGAAAAUGAAUUAAUUGUUCAUUUGGUUGGAAGGGAUAAAUUCCACCCUCGAUUGGCUCCAUUCAAUUUGGACCUUUUAAUGAGACGUUUUAAUCAAAUUCAAUUAUGGGUCAUUACAGAAAUUAUUUUUGCUUCAAAUUUACAUCAACGUCUUUCAAUUCUUUGUUCAUUUAUUCAACUCUCUCAAUUAGCAAAAACAAAAAGGGAUUUAUUUGCUAUGGCAGCCAUAAAUUUUGGUUUAAGUUCUUUGCCAAUAAGUAGAUUAAACUAUCUUUGGAAUAAAUUACCCAAUUAUUUAUUUAAACAACAUUCUGAAUGUCAAUCAUUAUUGAGCCCUAAACGUGGAUAUAAAAAUUAUCGUUUUUUGUCUAAUAUCUUAAAAACUCCUUUUGUGCCUUUUAUUCCACUUAUACUCAAAGUAUGUGCUUUAAUAAAUAAAUUGAGGGAAGGAAAAACCUAG